GAAAGGUAGGUACAAACUACAAAGACAAAAUUCAUUUUAAAACUAUCGAUUUUAAUCCUAAAAAAACUGAUUGGUUUUUAUAAAACACAAGCAUAUAUGAAAUUGAAAUUCGAUGUUUUAUAUUAAGGAAUACAAAAUUACUUUAAACAAUGUGGGAAGUUAAUAAAGUUGAAGAAAACAGGAUCACAAAUUUGGAGCACCUAUAAAGGUUAGGUAUUAAAUAAAAAAACAAUUAUACGGUUUUGGUUUUAUUAUGCUACAUUAUGAAGAUUAUCAUCCACGUUAUAAUAAAUUGCUUCAAAUAAUAUUUCCAUUAAACUAUGGUAACUGUAUAUUAUACACACUAUCAAAUUAUUUGAUAAUUGUUAAAUUCCCGUUUAAGUUGAAUUCAUCAAUUAUGAUAAUAAAGGUGAACACUAGUUUUUUAUUAAUUAUAACAGGAACUGAUGCAUAUGAUACUAUGAUGAAAAUAACUAAUAAGUAAUAACUGUACCUAUACAUGAUAUACCUAUAUGGAUAUAUUAUGUUUAAUAAUUGUCGAGUGCACGAAGCGAACGCACAUAAAAAGUUGGAAACUUAUUCGUUCGGAAUCGUAGUUUUGUUGAAAAUAUUUCGUUGGAAACAAAUAUUGUUGGAAUCGUAUUUUUAUUGAAUCAUAUUACAUUGGAAUCGUAAUCCGAUUGAAGUAUAUUAUUAGGUCACCAUGUCGGAAGCAAAUGUGCUAGGAAAUGAAAUUGUAUGGAAAAUAUUCUUAUAUAUAAAUUAUAAUCAUUCAUUAUUUAUAAGUUAAGCAAAUGUCUUUGGGUGUAAAUGAUAUUAUAUUUUAAUGUAUAGCCAUCCCGACCGGCGUUGUCUAUGAGAUUCACUUGUGUUUAUGCGAGCAGUAUAUAAGUAUAUUAUCAUUUAGGUGUGCUGCGGUAAAUCGUAGACCACGUGAGGUUUGUACGUAAAUGUAUAAUUUAACUCUAAAGUAUCAAAGUUUUACCAAGUUUGUCGUUUUUACGUAAUUCAACAUACGACGGAUUAAUACAAAAUUCUAAACUAACCUACCGUACUAAGAUUUAAUAAAUAAAAAAAAACCAAACAUUCCUAUGUAAAGAUAAAGAAGAAAUAUAAAAAAAGUAAAAAUAAGAAAAAAAAUUGGUCCACUGUAAACGUCGUUCGAUCUUGAGACAUUCUGUACUAAAAUUCAUAGGAGUGCCAACUGUGUAAUGUGUUAACAGUUUUAUCGUAUUAACAAUAAUAACAGUUAUGAAAACCAAUAGAAACCAUUUAUAAACAAGAAAUUCUAUCGUAAAUCUCAAAAUCAUUGAAUCUAAAUCAUCCCAGGAGCCACUUAAAAACACACAAAAAAUAUCAUCAAUAUCGGUCAAGCCGUUUAGGAAUGCAUAACGGACAGAUAGACAAACAUUAAUUUAUGUUUAAUAUGUUUAUGUUUAACUAUAAUUAAUUAUCGAGCAUAGCGAGGAAAAUUUUUUUUAGGGGUUUUGUGAUGAAUGAUAAUUUAAAAACAUCAUAUGAGUAAUGAGUAUCCAGUAUAGACCUGAGAUACAGCCCCCCUAAAUUUCAAACACUAUUUGCGCCUAUGGUUUCGAGCAAACUUUUAUUGCGAGAGCUAUAUUUUAUUGGAAAAUGCCGAUGAUAGGUACCUAUAUUAUUAUAGUAACGGUUGAGAAUGAGCGAAACGAUAUUGAUAUAAAUUAUAAUUUAAAAUAAUAUGUACCUAAUUAAUACUCAUAAUAUGAUAAGUGUUUAAUAUAGCCAUAGGCCAUAGCCCAUAAGCCAUUACUUAUUACUUAUUAGUAUCAAAUACUAAUAAUAUAAUAUUUUGUGCGACUAAUAAAAAUUCGCGUAUAAGUCUCCAAACUCGUUUCUACACUCGUUAAGUACUUUAGUCGUUUCCCACUUAUGAUAAGUGCCUAUCUUAAAAUCGUCGCUCGGAACUUGGGAGAACGCCAACACCACGUCGUCGUCUCGCCCGAACAGCAAAUUAAUAUUGGUCAAAAAUUCGGUUGUACGUCACCCCUCUUUUAGUGCAAGUACAGAAAUCCGUUGAAAUCGCCGCUGUUAGUGGUCGGUUACAUCCGUCGCUGGUGUAAAAACGGUCGGACCAUAAAUGUGGUCGUCGCCGUGCGUGUGGAGCCGUGGAGGAGGUUAGAGUGCGUGGCUACCACGGUCACACGCCACACGGUGGUUGUCUCGGAUGGGCUUUGGUGGGGACGCGCUUAAGGAGUGUCUACUUGGUACAGUGUGGUACUCACGGUGGCGGACCUCGAAAGAGCAUGCGCGCAACGACGUGAUGUGUGUGAACGCUGCCUGUCCGGUUCCCACCGCGUGCGCGUGGAAACCGGUUACUCGCCACCACCGCCACCACGCCAUUGGGGUGCCCGGCCGGGCGGUGCGUGUGGGGAGGGGGUCCUCCGGGAAUGUACGUUACGAAAUUUUCUACAGCGACGCUAGUCGCACGGGUCCGUUUGCAACCGUCGUUUGUCAGUCGCACUCGCCGUCGCCGUCGUCGUAGGCGCGCGUCCUCGUAUCACUCCGCCGCGUUUCUUUCCCGUACCCCUCCCUCCUCAAAACCAACGUCUCUGAUAAUACAAAUACCUCGAUUUCACGGCAAAACUCUGUGAUUUCGCAAUAGUCUUGUCGUCGUCCGUCGUCGAUUAACGAAAAUUAUUAUCAAGAUAACAUAGUAGUAUCUGUUAUUAUUAUAUUUCAUUCCCGCCGAUGGAUUAUACAGUUCGGUUCGCGUUUCUUUUAUUCGCAAAUGUCUUCUGACGUGUUCAAAUCGUGAUUCGUUUUGGUCGUUGGUGCCGUCGGCCGUGGUGCGUCGUAUCGUGCCGUGUGUGAGAGUGUGUGUGUUUGUUUUUGACGUGUGAUGCCGUUGUCGUUCAAAAAAAUCUUUUCGCGAAAACUGCUGUUCAGCCCGAAAGUCAUGGGUAACGCGGCGUCGCAUCACGAACCGUUGGACCGGGUCGGCAGCCACGCGGGCUCGACGUUUCGGCGUUCGUCCAGUGUUCGGCACAGCAAAUCCUCCAAGAGUGGUCGGUCGCCGUCUAAAAUGGACCGAUUACGGAGGAGUUUUCGAGACAGUUUCAGACGCCGUAAAGAUCUGGGAAAUACCGCCGGAUCACCAGGCCAUCAUUCUAAUCCUAAGCCUCAUUUGUGGGCCAUGGACGAGGCUGAAGUCCGGGCUGGGAUAUGUUCCUUCCAUGUUAAGUAUUUGGGCUGUGUUGAAGUCUUUGAAUCAAGAGGAAUGGAAGUAUGCGAAGAAGCUUUAAAAACACUUAGGGCAUCACGCCGCAGACCAGUCAGAGCUAUAUUUUACAUAUCAGGAGAUGGACUGCGUGUCGUAGAAGAAGAAACAAAAGGUUUGAUAGUAGAUCAAACAAUUGAAAAAGUUUCAUUCUGUGCCCCAGACCGAAGUCAUGAAAAAGGAUUUUCAUACAUAUGCAGAGACGGACUGACUCGUCGGUGGAUGUGUCACGGUUUUGUAGCUCUAAAAGAAUCGGGUGACCGAUUAAGUCAUGCUGUUGGAUGUGCUUUUCAAGAAUGUCUGAUAAGAAAAAAUAAACGAGAAGAAGAUUGUUCUGUUACAAUGAACUAUGAUCCAAAAACAUCUGUUUUUACUAGAACUGGCAGUUUUAGAACUCCAUCUUUAACUGAACAACAAUCUGAACCUAAUAUUCCGCUCAAUGCACCACCACAACCUCCCCCUUUUCUUCAGUUAAAUAAAGAUAUACCAACAUCAGUAAAACCAUUGCAACAAAACCCUACAACACCAAAAGUUAGCACAAAUGCGAUUGAAAGACCGCAUGCAACACUGUCAAUGUUACAACGACAAGGAUCAUUUCGUGGGUUUACACAACUUAACCAAGCAUCUCCAUUCAAAAGGCAGUUGUCACUUCGAAUAUCUGAAUUACCUUCUAAUUUGGAGAGAACGAGAUCAAUGAGUCUACAACCAACAGCAAAUUCCCGUACAUCUAAUAAACUUUUACAAAUGAAUACUCCAGUGAGUCCUAUACUUGAAGCUUCUCCACGAAGUGAAAAACCAAUGUCAACCACAGAUCAAGUAACAGCUAUGUGUCAACAAAUGUCAUUAGAAUUGGCGUUUCUUACAAAUAGUACAGCCAAUGACGAUUUCUCUGAGAAAUUUAAAUCAAACGAUUCAACAAGUAUAGAAAACAAUUCAAAACAAGGCCCGAUUACUGGAAGUGAAGCAUUUCUUGCUAGUAUAUCAAAAAAAUCCACAUUAUCUACAGAAACCCAAAGCAACCCCUCCACUCCAAAACCAGAGAGUCGUAUUAGCCCUCAACAAGAUGAAGGCUUUGAUUCAGGUUCCAGUUUAUGGAAUAUUAACAACAAGGCAGUUACACCACCAACUCCACCCGCUACUCCUCCAUCGUCACUUCCAAGGCCUGAACAGUGGUUAGGUAAAGUGGCAGCAGUUACAUUACAGUCAAUGGAUCCCCAGGUCACACCUAAAAGAAAUCCACAUUUAGUAACACACAGUCGUGCGUUUUCUUUAGACACUGCUGAAGAUGCUUAUCGCACAUUUAAUAAUAUUUCAGCCAAUCCAUUUGACCCUAAUUAUAUUGCCCCAAAACAAAAUACAAAUCCUUUUUUAAGUAGCCCAAUAUCAAAUAGCCAAAGUAAAACUGUAAAAACUUUUGAAGUUCAAAUGUGAUUAGUUCUCAAAAUUAUCGACAUUGAAUAAUAUAAAGUAAAAAUAUAAUUAGAGAAAGGGAAUAUGCGAUUACCAUAAUACUAAGUAAUAUUGGAUUCAGGAUUGUGCAAUUAGUGUUCAAAAUUAAUAUUAAUAAAACUUCUUAUUGAUGCUAUUUGAUCUAGUAUACUAUGUACUAUCUUUGAAAAAAAUCAAAAUUUGAAUUGAUCAAACAAAAUUAUUUGUUAUUAGUACUUCUUUUUUUAGUAAACUUUUUAUUUAUUUUCAAUAACUUAAGUAUUACCAAGUGCAUUUAUAAUAAUAGUUUCUAUUUUAUGUUUAAGUAGUAUCAUUAAAAAAAUAUCUGCUAAAAAAGUUAUUAACUCACAUAAUUUCUAGUUUCAAGAAGUACUUAAAUAAAAUAUAUUUAGGAAUGAAUUACACAAUUCUCAAUAAAUAUGGUCAAGCUACAAUUGCAGAAACUAUUAUUAAUAUUUUUUUAUAUAUUUCUGUAACUAAACAUACAACAUAAACUUAAUAUUCAUGCACAGUGAAUUUAAACUAAAUUAUUAAAUAAUAUUUAUAUACGUUCAUUUGCAACCUAUACAUAUCAAUAUUUUUUUAACGUUAAAAUACUUAGUAUAUUAUAAUAUUUUAUGUUAAAUUUUGUGUUGAUAUAAAUAUUGACAGUUAAGGGUACCUUACUAACGAAUUUGAACUUAUCGCACACGUAUAGCUAAUGGAGAUAAAUUCACUACUAUAAAAGGUUAUAAUUUAUUAACAACUAAUUGAAUCAAAUAGUUAUAUUAAACAGUAAAAAUUGAACAUAUUUCUUAUAGUUACUAAAAGUUAUAAUAUUUCAAUUUUUUAUAACUAUUAAUAAUAAACUAUAUUUAUAUUCUCACAAUAUAAAACUAAAUAGCAUAUACAAUUAUAACAUUUUAUUUGAUGAACUUCUAAUAAUGUACAAACCAACUCUAAAUUAGUAAACAAACAGUAUAGAUUCUCAAAUGAGUCCUAAGUAUUUGCCAAUUUUUUUAACCCAAGUAUUAUUUAAUGAUUAUUUAUAACCAUAAGCAUAAAUGUAUAUAAUGUGUAUUUUUCUAAGAUCAAAAUGUUGAUAUAUGUAUUCUUCUAUAUACCUGUUAGAUUGAAAAUGAUUCACCUUGCAUUCAUUUUACCUUUUUAUUGGCACAAGACUAUUUCUGUCAUCUUUACAGUUAUCUUAAUAAUAAUGAUUCAGUUAUUUGCAUCCCUCAUUUUCACAUAUUAUAUAUAAACGUUACUUCUUUACUUUCGCUUUUGGUUUAACAAGUCAAAUACUUUCACAGUUAUAAGACAACCUAAAACUGUAUUAUGAUUAAAAAAAAAAACGCUUAUAGCCGCGUACUGAAUAGGGAUUGCGUGUUCUGUGAUAUUUGUGUAUUCAAUAGACUGCAUUUUUUUUUCUAUUGAUACACAACAAUGUUUAUUAUUUUUAUUUUUAUUAUUAUUAUUAUUAUUAUUAUUAUUAUAAUUGUAUAUACUGUACGAUGUACGCGAGUAUCUGUGGUAACAUAAUAUUAUAAUUUAUAAUACUAUCCGUAUUGCUCUUAUAGAAAAUACGGGAAUUAAAUACUAAUACUUCUGUAUAUUAUAAUUUUAAAAAUAUCAUAAUAACAGUAGUAUCAAUAUUGAUGGAUAUAAUUAUUCUUUUCAUUAUUAAUAUAUUAUAUAAAUAUGUAUUACUUGUUAGUAUUUUAGUUUGUAUUAUAUUUUCUUAUGAUUAUAAAUUAUUUUUAAAAAACAAUAUUAUUAUGUAUAUAUUAUUACUAUAAACAAAUAUUAUUACGCAUAGUAUUAAUCAUGUAUGGAUUAGACAUCAUAAUUUAUCUAACUGGUUAUUUGUUAUGCCUGACAGCAACUAUACCUGUAAAAUAAAAUUAUUAAGUAGCUAACACUUGGUUAAAACUCAAUUUUUAAAAUAUUUGUCGUACCUAUUAAUUAUUAAUUAGUAAAUACUCUAAUCAAUAUCAUGCACCACCUUAUUAUGUUAUUGGUAUACGAUUAAUUUUUAUUAUUGUUAUUAUUUGGACUAUCCACUUGGGAAGGAUUGGUGUUUGUAUUAUGGGACAUGUGUAUAUCAUUAAUUAUAUGUAUAUAUAUAUAUACAUAUAUUAUAUCAGUGAACAUUCUUAUGUUAUACAUACUUAUACAAUUGUAUAUAGAUGUAAUAUGUUGUUUAUGUUUUUGACAGAGAAUAGUAGUGUACGAAAGAUCUUAGACAUGUAUUAAGUAUUGAAAUUACAGUUUUGUUUUUAAAUGGCUUAAGUGCAAUUAAAAAUAAUUCUCAUUUUUCAACUAACAUUUUAUGAAAACGACUAAUAAUAAUUAUGCAACACAUAUGGAUAAGAGAUAAUUAUUUUAUACAAUAUUAUUGUGAUUUUAGUGGCCUCUAAAGUGUAUAAAAAUAUUAUGUUGUAAUUGUAUUAUUAUAUAAUAAAUAAUAAAAAAAUAUGAUAUAUAAUAUUAUAAUAUAUCAUAUUAUACGUAUUAUGUAUACAAUGUGUCCUAUAAAGAUUUACCAGUUUUAAGUACUUGGAUUAAUACAAAUUCUAUUACCCAACCACUUUAAAUUAGUAAAUCCUCGUAGGAUACUGAAUAAUAUGCUAAUGGUUUUGUUAUGACCAAAUUAGAAUUAACUUACCUAUUACUUUGUAUUGUACUUAAAGUUAAAACAAAUUGAAACAUGUUUGCAAAACCCUUAUCUUGUUGUUUAUAUUUUUUGGUAUAAACAUAUUAUUAGAAAACUUAGACAAUAUUUUUAGAUGCCUAAGAACCUUUGUACUUAAUUAUUGUUGUCGUAUGAAUUAUAUAUAAAUAUAAAAAGUAUUGAUUGUUUUUAUGUCAAGCGUAUUAAAGGUAUUUAAUUAUUACCAAUA